AUGACACAGAUACUGUCCGGGCAUGGGUGCUUUGGGCGAUAUCUGUGUCAUAUCGCGCGCAGGGAGCCGACGGAGGAGUGCCAUGCCUGUGGAGCGGACCAGGACACGGCGGAGCAUACGCUGGAGGAGUGCCCAGCGUAUGCCGAUGAGCGUCGUGUCUUGUCCGCGGUAGUGGGGACCGAUCUCUCGCUGCCCGCCGUAGUCCGGCAGAUGGUGAGCAGUGAGAGAUCGUGGGAAGCAAUGCUCGUCUUCUGCGAUGCCGUCAUGUCGAAGAAGGAGGCGGCGGAAAGGGAGCGGGAGAGUGCCACUCUCGCACCGUCAAUCCGCCGCAGACGAGUCAGACGCAGAAGAAGGGGCGUGCCCAGUUCCGCCCCUCCUCCUUACCCACUGGGGCCGGGGUGA